AGUAGAUGUCAGUGUAAUUUCAUAAUAAAUCUCUCAAGAUCGCCAGACCUGCAAGCCAAGCCUGAUUUAAUACGUUUUAAAUAAUUUAAUGUACAUUUUACUCUAAUAAAUUUACAGAUCAAUGGCUUAACAUGAACAAAACUUCUUAAAAUUUUGGUACUUUUAGUUUUUACAGCCUGUCUAUCUAUUUUAAUAAGAUUACUAAUCUUUCAGAUGUCUGUACGAAUUAUGCAAAGACCAAAUAACAUGCCUGCCGAAGCUAUUCUUCUUCAGGAUGAGAUACCAAGGAGGAAUACCAGGCGGCAUCCUAUGGCAGGAGUGAGAGAUCGUUUAUUUCAUGCUCUUUUCAGAAGACUAACUCUGACCUAUGCCAGAAAAGUGCCUCACUCUGUUAGGCGUAUUAUAGAAUUUGUUUUUCUCGUUCAAGCCGUAAUAUGCUUAUGUCUUCUGGUUUAUAUACAUAUUGUAUUUAAUCAUGGCCCGACAACGUGCUUACGGCACAUUGAAAAUGAUUGGCCGAAAAGCGGUGUUCUACGGGUGGAAGUAGUGAGGAACGUUCGAACAGACUAUUCAAUAAUUGAAUCAUACGAAAAGGAGUAUGAAAAUGUUAAUAUAAAGAAGCAAUUAGACGAAAAGGAGGAGAUAGAGAAAAGCGCCCAUAGUAUUGUAGAAGCUCCUUAUACAAAUUUGUCAAUUGAUAAUGAGGAGUUUUUGGAAUCAAAAAUUCCUAUUAAAACAAAGUUUAAAAACAACACUUUGAAUAUGUUAUAUGACGUUAAAGAUUCGGAGGAGAGUGAAGGAAAGAGGUUGCCUUUUGAAAGGGCUAUUUCAGACAUGGAAAAGUUAUCCCGAAUGGUCUGGCCUGAAGAAAAGUAUAUAUUUGAGUACGCUCUUGAAUACGGCUUCCUUCGACUUUCCCCUGGAACAAGGCAAAAAUUGAAUAUAUCUGUGAUGCUGGUUGUAUUAGAUCCGUCACGGGACAGUUGCUUUGGUGAUCCACUUGCUCGCUUUAUUUUAGAUGAAUUUUUGGGAUAUGACGAUGUUUUAAUGUCUAGUAUAAAAUACUUAGCGGAGAAGGAAAAUAAUAAAGGAUUUCUAAGAAAUGUCGUGUCGGGUGAACACUUUCGAUUUGUAUCUAUGUGGAUGGCUAGAACUGCUUAUUUAGCAGCUAUUUUGGUCAUGUUUAUUUUUACUCUAUCGGUUUCAAUGCUUUUAAGAUUUUCCCAUCAUCAAAUUUUCGUAUUUAUAGUUGAACUCCUACAAAUGCUUGAAAAUUGGAAUAAUUGGACAAUUCCAAUCUUGUUUCCGGCAGCUCCUUUACUAACCGUCGUAUUGGCGCUCGUUGGUAUGGAAGCAAUUAUGUCGGAGUUUUUUAAUGAUACAACAACAGCAUUUUAUGUUAUAUUGACUAUUUGGUUAGCUGAUCAAUACGAUGCUAUCUGCUGUCAUACAGCUACAACAAAGCGACAUUGGCUGAGAUUUUUUUACUUGUAUCAUGGAGCUUUCUACGCAUAUCACUAUCGAUUCAAUGGCCAGUACAGUUCGUUAGCUCUUGUUACUUCUUGGCUUUUUAUUAAUCAUUCAAUGGUCUAUUUUUUUCAUCAUUAUGAACUACCGGCGGUAUUGCAUGAGGAACAUAUCUCAGACGCCGUAAAUCAAACGCAAGGUGAUGGAACCGGAAGUGGUAGAGAUACAAAUAAUCAGAGAGCAACUUCUGGUCAUAGGGUUAGAAUAUUAAGAAGAAAUGGUGAUGUAAAUUACCAAUCUCAAAUGAAUAAUUUUUUGGACCUACUCUCAAUGAGGAGGACACGUACAGAAAACCAAUCGAAUAACGCGACCGAGGACGGCGGAGUUAACGAAGUGUUAAGAAGAAUGGACGAAGAUGGCGACGCCAGCGAAUCAAAUUUACGGCCAGGCGUCGAAACUGAAGUAUAA